UGGACUUGCCAUGCAGAUGCAAAUUGUGCAAUUGCUAGUAGUAUUCUACUGCCAUAGUGCCACAUGCUCUGCCUCACUCUUUCUCUCUCUCUCUCUCUCUCUAUCUCUUUCUCUUUCUUGGAGCUUGAGCUGUGCAUUGAUGGACACCUUGCUCCUCUGAAUUGUUUUCCAGUGUGUGAUGAUCUUGGAAAGAUCACUUUUUGAGGCUUUCCAGUGUGUUGUGUAGUGCUUUAGUGCUUGUGUGCUGGUGUAUAGCUUUGCUUGUGUUGUGUUGUGCCAACCUUGAGUUGAAUAAAGCUUGGGGCUUUAGAGUUUGCUCUUCUUUUUCACAUCCAAGGUGCUGCAUAUAUUCAGGCUCUGGGCUUUUGGACUCUAGUAAUUGCUGGUUGCUACCUCAACUUUCGGCAUCAAGAUCCAAGAAAGAUCAGUAGCCAAAAAAGAAAAGUCUUGAGCUGCAAUCAUUUGGAUUUGGAUUGUGGAGAUUCUCUUGUAGCUUACUCCUUCUCCCCUUACUGUUCUUGCUCUGGCAUUUGGAUCAAAGGGUACACUGUUUCUCAAGGGAGAAGGACAAGCUCAGGAAGCAGCAGGUUCUCCUCAAGGAGUUGUUUUGGAAGAAGAGAUUAAGGUCAAAGAGGAGUUCAACAAUCAUAAGUUCAAGUGGUGAGGAAAAAAGCAGAUGAAGCUCUGCACAGGCAUGUUCAGAGGCUUCUUCUGCUUGAAUCAUCUCCUCCUCUGAAGAAGAACAUCUCUUCUUUUCUUUGUGGAGGAGGCAGCAAUGGAGGGACAUGUUAUUGUUCCACUGGAAAAGUUGAGCUUGGAGCUCAACAAUGGUGGAAUCAUGCUCAACCAUGACAAGGACAUUUCAGCUCUCCAAGAGGAGAUUUCAGCUCUAAGAUCAAGGCAGAGACAUCUUGACCACAGAAGACAGGAGGCACUGGACAAGCUCAUAGACCUGAAAGGAAGUAUCAGGGUUUUCUGCCGGGUCCGGCCAUCGAUUUCGGCCAACAACUUCAUGACCAAAUCGCCGGUUACCGUCGAAAACGAGAAGAUCGUGGUUCGAGCAGUGGGGAUCAAGAAAGAAUUCAGUGUUGACAGGGUGUUUGAUCAGGAGUCAACGCAAGAGGAUGUUUUCCAAGAAGUGAAGCCAAUUCUCAGAUCUGCACUUGAUGGGCACAAUGUCUGUAUUCUUGCUUAUGGUCAAACUGGGACAGGAAAGACCUAUACAAUGGAAGGAAAUAAUGGUAAGCUCGGUAUCGUCCCCCGAGCGAUUCAAGAACUGUUUUCUCAUGCUUCUCAAGACAGUUCAUCCACAUAUUCCUUCUCCAUAAGCAUGCUUGAGGUCUACAUGGGGACUGUCAGGGACUUAUUGACACCAAGGCAGCCUCUCUUCAGGUCCACAGAGUGCAACACAUCGUCAAUCAUCAGCAUACUAGCAACUAAAAGUGGAGCUGUAGAAGUUGAGGGUCUAACAGAUGUUGCAAUUCAAGACCUCAAGAAGGCCAACCAGUGGUACUGCAGAGGACGGCGUGCACGGUCGACGUCUUGGACAAAUGUUAACGAUGUUUCGAGUCGAUCGCAUUGCUUGACAAGAAUUACCAUAAAGAGAAGUAGUGGAGGUACCACUGAAGAAUGCAGCAAGCUAUGGCUUGUCGAUCUUGGUGGAAGCGAGCGGCUGCUGAAGACCGGUGCAUCUGGGUUGACAAUGGAUGAGGGUAAGGCCAUAAACCUCUCUCUGUCAGCCCUUGGUGAUGUCAUCGCGGCACUUAGGCGAAAGAGAAGCCAUGUUCCUUACAGAAACAGUAAGCUUACCCAGAUUCUCAGUGAUUCACUUGGUGAUGGGUCAAAGGUUCUGAUGGUAGUACAUAUCAGCCCUUCUGAUGAUGAUAUUGGUGAAACAGUCUGUUCACUGAGCUUUGCGAAAAGAGCCCGGUCAAUCGAGUCCAGCAAAGAACUUUCAGAAGACAUAAAGAAGCUGAAGCAGAAGCGGAUCGCAGAGCUUGACAAGGAAAUAUGCGACGCCGAGCAAGAGCUCAAGGAUCUCAAUGAACAGAUAAAGAGAGCUGAAACCUCACUUGAAGAGAGGAAGAAGCUCUCUUCAUCUGCCUGUCAGGCUCUCAGUGAUGAGAAGGGGUCACCAAGAAGCACUCUAGUGGUAGUAGGACACAUUGAUUCUGCAGAGAGCCCUCAAGCCACUGAGAAAACAAAGAGCAGAGCAUCUCAUGGAUCAGUUCCUCACUUCAUGUCCCCAACAGUUUGCAGCAGGCAAAGACAUAGUUCAGCAAGCCACUCUGCUACUAAAACAAGGCUGACAAAAUCAGUGAACAGGUAUCCUGCAGCUGAGCUCAGUGGGAGCCAUUCCUUCAGCUACUCAAGCUGCAAGAAUGCAGCCAAGGCUAGGUCAGUGGCAUUCUCAUCUAGCAUGCCCAAGAUGAAAUGUUUGCCACUCAAGUCUGAUCAGAUCAACAUGAGCAACAACAGCAUCGAUUCGACGGCGGCGUCAGCGCCUCGAAGGAGGGAGAGCUUCAUUUCUAGACCAGCUCAGAGAGCUCCCUUGCAUCAACACAGGAGAAGGAUGUCUAGCCUGACAUAAUAUUACAGAAAUACUGAUUGAACAGUUAUGUUUUUAACACCCUGUUUAGUGGUGAUGAAAUGUUUAUGAAAUAUGUUUUUGGUUUUGUGGGUGCUUGAUGGUUUGCUUGUUACCGGAGUAGUUCUUAACUUCUGUAACUAAUUCAGGGCCUUCCUUCGUUGUUUUUGGUUUGGAAUGGAAGGGCAAAAGGGUGUGGGGGGUUCAUGUUAAGUAUAACUGUAAUGGGUUUAACUGAUGCUUUUGAUUGCUCUCUGACUAUGUAAUCUUGACAAAAGAAAAGAAAAACUAUACACAUCAAGAAUUAACAAGGUAUUGUGGCAUUACUUUCA